ACGUUUAAUUGGGUGUUUUAGCUAGUCACAGCAAGUUCUUGGGUGUAACUGUGUAUUGUAGUUAAAUGGUGUGCUGUUUAUGCAUAUGAUGUUUCUUAGAUAAUUAUUGUAGGUUCUUUUUUGACUUUUCCCCCUACAUUAUCAGAUAACGCAAAGGUAGCUUGUGGGUAAGGAGAGAGUCUUCAGCUAUGAGUAACCCUUACGCACACAUCGUUGAGCCUCUGAACUCCCAGAAACCUGAUUGGAAGUUUUUCAAUCUCAGAAAACUUGGAGACCCCCGAUAUGAACACCUACCUUUCUCCAUCCGGGUGCUGCUGGAGUCGGCGGUGAGGAACUGUGAUGAGUUCCUGGUAAAGAAGGAAGAUGUGGAGCGCAUUCUCAACUGGAAGCAGACCCAGACCCAGGCGGUGGAGGUGCCCUUCAAGCCUGCCCGUGUCAUCCUGCAGGACUUCACUGGGGUUCCUGCAGUGGUGGAUUUGGCUGCAAUGCGUGAUGCGGUAAAGAAGCUGGGUGGCGAUCCCGAGAAGAUCAACCCUGUGUGUCCUGCUGACCUAGUCAUUGACCAUUCCAUUCAGGUGGACUUCAACAGAAAGUCUGACAGUCUUCAGAAAAACGAAGAACUUGAAUUUGAAAGAAACAAGGAACGUUUUGAGUUUUUAAAGUGGGGUUCUAAAGCAUUCCAGAAUAUGCGCAUAAUUCCUCCAGGUUCAGGAAUAGUGCAUCAGGUGAACCUGGAAUAUCUAGCCCGGGUCGUGUUCCAGCAGGAUGGCUACUAUUACCCCGACAGUCUGGUGGGCACUGAUUCACACACAACCAUGAUCGAUGGCCUGGGAGUGCUGGGCUGGGGUGUGGGAGGUAUUGAAGCUGAGGCAGUGAUGUUGGGUCAGUCAAUCAGUAUGGUCCUCCCAGAGGUCAUUGGGUACAAACUGCAGGGCACUCCAAACAAGUACAUCACCUCCACUGAUAUUGUCCUAACUGUCACUAAGCAUUUGCGUCAGGUUGGUGUGGUAGGCAAGUUUGUGGAGUUCUUUGGGCCUGGUGUGGCUCAGCUUUCUAUCGCAGACCGUGCCACUAUUGCCAACAUGUGCCCAGAGUAUGGUGCUACAGCAGCCUUCUUCCCUGUUGACCACAUCAGCAUCCAGUAUCUUGAGCAGACAGGGCGAGAUGCUGAGAAGCUUAUCAGUAUUACACAGUACCUGAAAGCAGUUGCCAUGUUUAGGGACUACAGCAAUCAGGUUCAGGAUCCAGAAUUUACAAAGGUUGUUGAACUUGAUCUCAGCAAGGUUGACCCUUGCUGUAGUGGACCGAAGCGGCCACAGGACAAAGUGGCCGUAUCUGAAAUGAAACAGGACUUUGAGUCUUGUUUAGGAGCCAAGCAAGGCUUCAAGGGGUUUCAGGUGCCACCCGAACGCCAUCAUAUCAGCAUCCCAUUCCAGUAUAACGGAGUGGAAUACUCCCUCUCUCAUGGCUCUGUGGUUAUCGCUGCCAUCACCAGCUGCACAAACACCAGCAAUCCUUCUGUCAUGCUGGGUGCAGGACUCCUGGCAAAGAAGGCCAUCCAGUGUGGCUUAAGUGUUAAGCCUUACAUUAAGACCAGCCUGUCUCCUGGGAGUGGAGUAGUCACCUAUUAUCUGAAGGAAAGUGGUGUAAUGGAGUACCUCUCCAAAUUAGGUUUUGAGGUGGUCGGUUAUGGCUGCAUGACCUGCAUAGGAAACAGUGGUCCUCUUCCAGAGCCAGUUGUAGAGGCCAUCAGCCAGGGAGAUCUGGUAGCGGCAGGUGUUCUGUCUGGCAACAGGAACUUCGAAGGUCGUGUACACCCCAACACACGUGCUAACUAUUUAGCUUCACCUCCUCUGGUCAUUGCUUAUGCAAUUGCAGGAACAAUAAAGAUUGACUUUGAAAAGGAGCCCAUUGCGGUGAAUGCGGAGGGGAAGAAGAUCUUUCUAAUGGACAUCUGGCCCACACGAGAGGAGAUCCAGGCUGUAGAAAGGAAGUUUGUUAUCCCGGCCCUGUUCAAAGAGGUCUAUGAGAAAGUGGAGACAGUAAAUGAACGCUGGAACUCUCUGAAUGCUUCUUCUGACAAGCUCUACACUUGGGACCCUAAGUCCACCUACAUCAAGCCUCCACCUUUCUUUGAUGGACUGACCAGAGAGCUUCCAAAGGCCAAGUCUAUUGUAGAUGCAUAUGUGCUUCUCAAUUUGGGGGAUUCAGUGACCACGGACCACAUCUCUCCAGCUGGAAACAUUGCUCGUAGCAGUCCCGCUGCUCGCUACCUGACCAGUCGUGGACUAACACCUCGAGAGUUUAACUCGUAUGGCUCUCGGCGUGGUAACGAUGCUGUCAUGGCUCGGGGGACGUUUGCAAACAUCCGCCUUUUCAACAAGUUCCUCAACAAGCAGGCGCCUUGCACAAUCUACCUGCCUACAGGGGACACGCUGGAUGUGUAUGAUGCUGCAGAGAAGUAUCAGGAGGCAGGGUAUCCACUGCUGGUGCUGGCAGGGAAGGAGUAUGGAUCAGGCAGCUCCAGAGACUGGGCUGCAAAAGGACCAUUCCUGCUGGGUAUCAAAGCUGUACUAGCCGAGAGCUACGAGCGCAUCCACCGCAGUAACCUGGUGGGUAUGGGGAUCAUUCCUCUGGAGUAUCUGCCUGGAGAAACGGCUGAUAGCCUGGGUCUCACUGGCCGAGAGCGCUACACCGUGGUCAUUCCUGAACAGCUCACCCCCAGAAUGAUUGUUGACAUUAAGAUGGACACCGGGAAGACGUUCCAGGCUAGGAUGCGGUUCGACACUGACGUGGAGCUCACCUAUUUCCACCACGGCGGCAUCCUGAAUUACAUGAUCCGCAAGAUGACAGAAAAGUAGAGAUUGUCUACUAUCAAUCUCCCUCUACUGCAGCUAACAAGUUCACAAGCAGAGUCAUUUUUUUCACCUGUCUCUUGUUUUGGAAGUGCAAACCUUUACAUUUUUUUCGUAAUUUUUUGUGAGUCAGAAAUGAAUUUCAAUGUUUAUGUUUAUGAAUUAUCAUGACUGCACUGCAUAUACAACACAUAUCAGCUUGGAAUUCACUAUAAGAAAGUAUUGGGGGUUAGCAUUUAAAGUUGGCAGUAGUGGUUGAUCUUACUGUAUCUAUGAAGGUUAAAUGGCUAAAAAAAGUACUUUUAUCAUCACUGUGUUGAGUCCCUAAUCAUAAGAUCUUAAUAAUGUUCUAGCUCCUCACAGUUAAUGAUGAUGGAGAGAAUUUGACUUCAUAACUAUAGUCACUGGCUGCAGGUGUAUACAGAUCCACCUGUGGUCUGGUUUCUAACCCUACCUCAGUAUUGCCAAACAUUAAUCUUCACUGUGUGUCUCCCCCCCCCCCCCCCCCUUUUUUUUUGCAUUAAUUCAAAAUUUUAAAUUUGAAAAUAGCUGUAAUGUUAUAUUUACAAGGAAAAUGUUCUCUAUCAUGAAGAUGCUAAACAAACAACUCACUGUGUCCUUAUGGUGAAAUCUUUUUCUUCCACAUAUAAGCUUUGUCCAUCCAAACUAACUAUGAAAUGAGAACGCUGAGAUACUCACCAGCUUUGAUCUUUACCUUCUGUGGACCAUCUUUGCCCUCCAGCUUUCUCAGCUAUCAAACAACACAACACAACAAAAAAGUGCUUAUGACUAAUUUACUGGUGACUAAAAAUGCAGGAUUUUACUUUUGAUGAGAAAUCGAUCCAUAUAAUUUUGUAUAAAUAAAUAUAUUUCAGCGUAUUGAUCAUAUUUGUAUGCUAACCAAAUGAUCUAAUAGUGUGUGUGAUUCCUGUAAGUGCCUAUAGUACCCUGUGAUGCUUAUAUAAGUCUGUUUAAAGAAGCUUGGUCAUCAUUCCAAACCAGAUGCACUGUAUGUGUGUACUUUUCUUUGCUUUGUCAGUGAAGUUAAGUUAAGUGAGUCAUUCAACCAUGCGCUUUACUGUAGUUCAUUUAUUUUGUUGAAACAUGGACUCCAGAGGUUAUGAGUGGGGGGAAAUGUCCUACAACAUCAUACUGUAUACAUCUUGACGAUUUCUAAAUUCCUCUGGAAGUUACCAGUCAUCUAAAUAUUUAACAUCACAGUAAAGAUGGGGAUGUUAAAUAUAUGCUUCACUGAGGAGGUUAUUAUGGGUUUUAACAUUUCAAAAGGACUUUUAUUCAGGAAAUUAUUGUGGAUAGAAAUAGCAAUACAGUUUCACUGAUCUUGACUGUUCUGAUGUAAUGCCCCUCUGUCUCAUGAUCUAUUCAAAUAAAAAAUCUUUUUUUUUCCUUCAGAUGA